AUGACAAACCAGACGCUCGACUACACUUUUAUGCGACUUUUCCACGCUCGUUCCGAUACAGCAGUAGAUGCCGAUCCGAGUUCGGUUGCGUUUUACGUCUCCGAAAUUGUCACCACGGGAUACUUCGAUGUAGGACUACUGACUAUCUUAGUCUAUUAUGCUCAUGUUCUUCAAAUCCGCGUAAUGGCACUGUAUCAUCCGAACAAGACGCUUUCAAUCUUCCUGAAAAUACUUCUCGCUGCUGAAGCAUGUCUCGAAUUUGGCAUACUUAUCUAUGGGAAUUUAUUUCAGAAUGUUGUUGUCGUGAGCCUUGCGGAAGGUGUCACCUUUUGUGGGGAGAGCACAGAGACCCCAGAAAUACUGGAAAUCAUCUCAUGGAUCGUCCCUUUAACAUACGGAGCGAUCUUGCUAUGUCUAGCUCUUUUUAAGAGUGCGGAGUACUGGAGAAUGUCAUCCGGAUCCAAAGGAUUCCAUCUUAUCACAGUUCUUAUCAAUGAUCAAAUGUUAUAUUUUGCCUUUGUAAUAUUCUGUUGCACGCUGAACAUAGUUGAAAUCACAAUAUUUGUGAGCAAUACUUUCGCGUCAAAUCUCUUAGCUGCUGCUGGGAGCCCAGCUCUCCUCUGUCUCCUCGGAGGCUACCUCCUGAUUAAUCUGAAAGAGGCAGGCCAGCUGGGAGUGAAUGGAGGAACGACUGACAGGUCAAAGGUUAUAAGUGACAUUGAAUUCGCUGGUGGUGCUCCAAUUGCUGCCUCGACUGACUCGGAAGAAUGA